AUGUGGGGGAGAAGAUCCAUUGCGGCGUCAAAACGCGCUGGCGUCGCAAUCCACGCCCGUCAUCGAGUCGCCCUCUGCCCCUCCCCCCUCUCUUUCUUUCCCACGUCGUCCGCUACGUCCCUCUUCUCCUCAAUCUCUUCCCCUCAACUCCCUCGUCUGCGCACUCGGUCCCCGAUCCCUGCGCCUGGACUGCAUCUUGGUUUAACGCCCGCUAGAUCCUGUUCUGCUGAAGCUCGCAUGAUGGCGUCCGCCGACAGAGAGACCCUGCCUGACGUGGCCAAACCCGUCAACUACCAUGUCUCCCUCUUCGACUUGCAGUUUAGUGGUUCGUGGGGCUACAAGGGCGUGGUGACGGUCGACGCCAAAGUCACUCGUGCUACAAAGGAAAUUGUUCUGAACUCGAAGGAGAUCGACGUGCAGAGUGCCGAGGUGCUGGGCAAAGACGACCUGACGGACGACGUUUUCGCAGGAGCUUCAUUGGCCAAGGCAACCGAAAUCACCUACGAUAAGACUUCAGAGCGUGUGGCUCUGAAGUUCGAGCAGGAGCUUACCCCGUCGGAUAUCGUGCUGUCCAUCCACUUCACCGGAACCAUGAACAAUGCUAUGGCGGGCUUCUAUCGCUCCAAGUAUAAGCCUGUGGGGGAGCCGGCUGCCGAUACGCCCAAGGAGGGUGACGUUUACUACAUGCUCAGCACUCAAUUUGAGUCCUGCGAUGCGCGCAGGGCUUUCCCUUGCUUCGACGAGCCGAACUUGAAGGCCACAUUCGACUUCGAGAUUGAGAUCCCCAAGGGUCAGACCGCGCUCAGCAACAUGCCAGUUCAAUCCGAGAGAGAUGGAAGCAACUCUGGACUGAAGUUUGUCACCUUUGAGAAGACUCCGGUUAUGAGCACUUACCUGCUUGCUUGGGCCGUCGGUGACUUCGAAUAUGUCGAGGCCAUGACUGAGCGCAAGUACCAAGGGAAGAGCAUUCCCGUGCGUGUCUAUACCACUCGUGGACUCAAGGACCAGGCCCGCUUUGCACUUGAAUGUGCCCACCGGACCGUUGAUUAUUUCUCGGAGAUCUUUGAAAUUGAGUAUCCGCUGCCCAAGGCCGAUCUUCUGGCGGUGCACGAGUUUGCGAUGGGAGCUAUGGAGAACUGGGGUCUGGUGACAUAUCGGACGACCGCAGUCCUUUUCGAUGAGGGCAAAUCGGACAACCGGUACAAGAACCGUAUUGCCUAUGUGGUUGCGCACGAGUUGGCCCACCAGUGGUUUGGCAACCUCGUCACCAUGGACUGGUGGAAUGAGCUUUGGCUGAACGAGGGCUUCGCGACCUGGGUCGGCUGGCUGGCUGUUGAUCACUUCUAUCCUGACUGGAACGUCUGGUCUCAGUUUGUCGCUGAGGGUGUGCAACAAGCUUUCCAUCUCGAUUCGCUCCGAGCUUCUCACCCCAUCGAGGUGCCUGUCCGGAACGCUCUUGAGGUGGACCAGAUCUUCGAUCAUAUCAGCUACCUGAAGGGAAGCUCGGUCAUUCGCAUGCUGAGCGCCCACCUUGGCCAAGAGACGUUCCUUCGGGGAGUGGCUGACUACCUUAAGUCUCAUGCAUAUGGCAACGCAACUACUAAUGACCUGUGGGCGGCCCUGAGCAAGGCUUCUGGGCAGGAUGUGCACGGUUUCAUGGACCCCUGGAUCCGUAAGAUCGGCUUCCCAGUGGUUACUGUGGCAGAGGAGCCUGGUCAGAUUAGCGUUCGCCAAAGCCGAUUCUUGUCCACCGGAGAUGCCAAGCCGGAGGAGGAUGAGACCACCUGGUGGAUUCCCCUUGGCAUCAAGGCUGACCCGAAUUUGGCUACCGUGGAUACUCGGGCUCUCACUGAGAAGUCUGACACCAUUGGAGAGAUUGGCACCGACGGCUUCUACAAGAUCAACAAGGACCUGGCUGGGUUCUACCGGACCAACUACCCCCCGGCACGCUUGGCGAAGCUGGGCCAGUCGCUUAACCUCCUGAGCACUGAGGACAAGAUUGGCUUGUUGGGUGAUGCAGCUGCUCUUGCGGUCUCUGGAGAAGGCACUACGCCCGCCCUGCUGGCCCUCCUAGAAGGUUUCAAGGAAGAGCAAAACCAGCUUGUUUGGUCCCAGUUGUCUUCGACGCUCGGAAACCUCCGGUCUGUUUUCUCGCAGAAUGAGCAGGUUGCUGAAGGACUGAAGAAGUUUACUCGGAGCCUGGCUGGCCCCGCUGCUGAACGCAUUGGCUGGGAGUUCCAGCCCAAUGAAGACUAUCUCAUCGGUCAGCUCCGUAAGCUCUUGAUUGGCAUGGCAGGUAACUCUGGCCACGAAAGUACCGUCGCCGAGGCCAAGCGCCGAUUCGAUCUUUGGGCAACCGGUAAAGAUCAAAACGCUAUUCACAGCAACCUCCGAUCGGCGAUCUUCAGUCUUAAUGUGUCGGAGGGCGGCCGCGAGGAGUACGAUGCCGUUAAGCAAGAGUACCUGCGGACGGAUUCCGUGGACGGCAAGGAGAUCUGCCUGGCUGCCAUGGGACGCACUCGAGACCCAGCCCUGGUCAAGGAUUACUUGGACUUCGUCUUCUCGGAUAAGGUGGCCAUCCAGGAUAUCCACAGCGGAGCGGCGGCCCUGGCGGCCAACUCCAAGGUACGCCAUCUGUUGUGGGAGUACAUCAAGACGAACUGGGCGUCGGUCUCGGCUCGGUUGUCCUCCAACAACGUGGUAUUCGAGCGGUUUGUUCGCAUGGGACUGCAAAAGUUUGCGGAUCACAAGAUUGGCGAGGAUAUUACCGACUUCUUCAAGAGCAAGGACACGGGGGCCUACGAUCGCGCACUCAUCAUUGUGUCGGACAACAUCAACACGAACGCAUCCUACAAGGAGCGGGAUGAGGCGCUGGCUCUGGAGUGGCUACGGGCCCACGGCUAUGCGUGA